AUGUCUGAUAAUAUAGUUCGUUCAUUUAAUCUUGAAGUUAUGGAUUGCCCCAUCUGCUGCGAACCGUUAAUUCCUCCAAUUAUUCAGUUUAUUGUGUAUCAUAUAACAUUUUAUUUUCUUCAGUGUGAGAAUGGCCACACAACUUGCAGCACAUGCUCUGUGAAGGUUAAAAAUUGCCAUUCUUGCACUUUGCCCAUAGGAUCAAUGAGAAAUCGGGCGAUGGAAGCGGUCGUGGAGGCUGUUACAGUGUUUUGCCAGAACAAAAUUUAUGGAUGCACUGAAAGCUUCAGUUACGACGGAAAGACAAAACACGAGAAGUACUGUUCCUUCGUACCGUGUUCAUGCCCGCUUCCAGACUGCACCGUCAAAGGGUCGUCCAAAAUGAUUUAUGGUCACUGCAAAGAGAUGCAUGCAGAUUCUUUUAUACCAUUUCAUUUUGGACGUAGAUUUGGUGUUUCUCUGAACUUGGAUGAUAGGGGCUUACUUCUCCAAGAGGACACAUCAGACACUGUGUUUGUUCUGAACAACACAACGUCUUCUUAUGGGAAUAUUAUAACUGUCUUUUGUCUGGGACUAAUGUCAAACGGACGCUGCCCUUAUGACAUCGAAAUAAAAUUUACUGAAUCCUCCGUUGACAGGUUUCAUUCUUCUACGAAGAAUUUUCAAGACACCAACAGUUACUACCGUUCGUUGACAGGGUUACUUAUUGAUAGCAGUGAUCGUGAUUUUUUUCCUGACGGGUUGGUAAAGAUGGAGCUUUGUGUAUGUCGAUCAUGGGAGCUUGGUUUGGAGGAUGACAUUUAA